AUGGAUAUAUCCUCCUUCGAAAAAACUCUCAAUACAAAAUCUAUCUCAACAACUUCCGCAAUGGAAAAUCCAAUAGACAACAACAUUAAUCAUACAAUUACUGAUGAUAAUAAAGAGCCUUCGUUACAAACUAUUUAUUCUAAUUGUCAACGUAUCUCCAAAAAAUCAAAAAGAGAUGAAGACUCAGACGAAAAAUUAAAUAGCUCUAAUCAGCAUUGUUCCGCUUCUAACAAACAAGAUUCAGAUUAUUCUCGGACAAGUUUAUACAUUAAGAA